AUGUUUAUUAUUAAAAUCGUAACUAUUACUGGUAAAGAAUUUGAACUCGACAUUGAAAAUUCAGAUACGGUAGAAAAAAUCAAAGAACGUUUAGAAGAAAAAGAAGGGAUUCCACCAGCUCAACAGUGUAUCAUUUAUUCUGGCAAACAAUUAAAAGAUGAUAAAAAGACAGUUAAGGACUACGGCAUAAAAUCCGGUGUAGUUCUUCAUUUAGUAUUGGCUCUUCGUGGUGGAAAUUGUACGUAUACCUAUUUAUCAACAUUAAUUACCAUUAAAAUAUUAAUUGUUUUAAGUUCUCUAUAA